CUGCAAUCGUUGCUAUCCGUAAACAAUAUGGAGGAUGGCGGGCACUGGCUGAAGCUACAAAUUUAUCGAUACUUUAACAUGUAGCUGUUCUAACAUUCUGAGGGACAGAUGAUGGCUGUCGCCACAGAUAUGAUAGUUCCUCCUCCUGCAGGUCACAAACAUGUGGCUUUUGCUGUGAGUGGUGAGGCGGACAAUCAGAAUGUUAUGCAUGUGAAUGUGGCCACAAGGCCUACUCCUUCUGUCAGCUUCCAGUCAGAUUUGCGGCCUCGAUCUAUAACACAUCAGCUGUCAGUCGUGCCAGAGGGAGAGGAGUUUGAGGAAAUACUUAGAGAAAUUGACAAGGACUUGGAAAAAGGAAAUGAAGCAGAUGCAGAAGAGGAAGAAAAUGAAGAUGAAGAAAAGACACUGAUAGAUGAUCAUGAAGAUCCAGUAUUUGAGAAAAUAAAAGAAAAAGUUGAAAAAUCACUUGAAAGGACAGAUUCUGCUACUUCACUGUCCAGUGCUGGUACAGACGAAAGUGAUGGAAAACAAAUACUUAUUUCAGAACACUAUACAAGUAUUCCAUUUGGUAUACAGCCUAGAGCAACUUAUGAGCAUGGCAAGAAAAAUGCUGACAUCAUGGGAUUGGCGUACAACAGCAGAAUGAGACAGUUCAUUAUCCUUGAUAGUAAAGGCAUCACUUCCUGGAAACGAGACAAUGUGGAUAACAGAGUGAUGAGGAACCUGUUGUACCCUAAGUAUGAAUACCGACUUCUGACGUACUUAGUCUAUGCAAAAAAAUAUAACUGCUACUUUGCCUUGUCCAAAGAUUUCUCGUUAAAGGUGUUGAACCGUGACUUUGACGAGACAUGUCACGUCAGUGCUGGACUUAGGUCAGUGUUGUUCAUGGUGUUCAACUCAGUAACUGACGAGCUUAUCACAGGGGGAGUCGAUGGAACCAAGAUUUGGUCUUUUCGCCAAGUAGCUGGUAGUUCUUUUAUGGAACUGAAACCCUUAGCCAACUAUGAACUGCACUUAGAAAAGACACUGGAAAAUGUUGGAGGUAGUUGGGUGAAGAAGGUGGAAUUGGAUCAUCACCUCCAGCACUUGUACUUCUGUUCUGACACGGAUCUUCAAGUCUACAAUCUUCAGGGCAAAAGACUCUUCAAAUACGAAAAGGCCCAUACAAUGUCAAUCACAGGCUGUGUUUACUCCCAGAGUGCCAAAGUCCUCAUUACUUCCUCAGUCGACUGUGAAGUGAAGGUGUGGAGUCUGAUGGGUGGAUUGGUACACUCAUUCCGUGGUCACUCUCGAGCUGUUACCAACUUGUUACUUCACCCUGACUCCUCUUCUCUCAUAAUCACCGCCUCACUGGACGGGUCAAUCAGGAUGUGGUCACUAGACACGAUGGAGCUCGUCUACAAUAUUACAGUGUCGUCGGAUGGAGUGCUGUGGAUGGGUCUGACAGAUGACAACAUCCUAUACGUCAGUACAUGCCGUAACAUCACACUUUGGUCACUGAAUCAGUUCUACAGUUUCUGGGCUCUUAGCCGGAACCGUGUGACCAACCUCUCGCUAUCUGGUCAUGAGGGUAAAACCACCCGGGUUGUGUCUCUGGGAGAUGACAGCAGUGUGAGAUUGUUCAACAGGAAGACAUCCAAGAACCUGACGACGGUGCUGCCCCCACAUGUGGUACCUCCUCUACAGUCGGUGAUGAGUGUAUGUUACAGUAGGGAGUUUGAUGUGGUAUUCCUUCUCAUCAAUCCACAGGAGAUCUGGGUCUAUACCUCCAGGACUGACCCUAGCUGUCGUAUUGCUGUGUGGAAUGUCCACGACAUACAGAUGCCUUAUAUCACUGGGGCUAGGGGAAAAGGAGAGGAGCGUGGUACAAGGACUGGCCCAAAGGGAAUACCACUCCAUCGUGCCACAGAGAACGGCACAGGCAACGAGGUCGUGUGUAAUUGUUACAGUCUGUGUGAUCUGAAUUCUUCUGCAACCAUGUGGACGGACGAGGGCAACUGUUGUCCUAUACGCCAUACCUAUCUACUACUGGGGAUGGAGGAUGGUCGGAUUCUAUUCAUGGACCCGGUGAUUCGUGGACAAAAGUACAUGGAGUUCAAGGCUAACAAGGACAAGAUCCAGAUGAUGAAGCAUGAUGUGGCCCACGAAGCACUGAUUACCAUGUGUCAGAUGGCUGACCACGCCCUGUUCCAGAUGUGGGACUUACCUAACCUUACACUCAAGCAUGAGGUGUGCUGUGGGCAGGAUGUCCAUCACUUCACCCGACUGGAUUACUCCUUCCUGACUGGCCACCAGAGCGGCGCUGUCUACUUCCACUACUUACUUCCUGCUGAGGAGUCUAUGACAUCUGUGAAGUCAAAAGGAGAAGAUGAAGAACAGACCUUAGAGGAGAAGGAUGUGGGAAACAAUGGUAAAAAGUUGGAUCAUAACAGUCCCAUUGUAGGACUGGAUGCCUCAACAUCUCUGCGGAUAUUCUGCUCUGCCAGUUUGGACGGUGCAUUGAAGAUUUGGGAUGAGUUCUGUGUGCUGCUGACAGAAAUCACUAUGGAAGAAUCUCUCAGUGCCCUGUGCUUUCUAAAUGCUCAAUGUGACCUACUGGUUGGCUUUCAAAACCAUAUUUACUUCAUUGACCACACCAAAGUUUGUCCUUACUUGAAGCUUCCGAGUGAUGAGGGGGACUAUGACACAGACACAGAGUCGGACAUCUAUGAGAACCCUGAUGUGUUGUACGAGGGAGGACUACAGAACACUGAUGAAUUAACUCUGGAGACAUACCUGGUUCCUUACAAGCUGCAGUUUUCUCAGGACUUCCUGGAGGGAAAGCUGCCUAUAGAACAGAAAGCUGGUCCUAAGGAGGAAGAUAAGGAGUCUAGCGAGUCUGAGUCUGAUUAUUCCUUGGCUGCCACUGACACGUACCUUUCACCACCGGACAGUCCUAGCCGACUUUCUGAGAUCGACCUCACACUGGGGUCUGGCUACACCAAAUAUGAUCUCCUCAAACAGAUGAACCGCACCAUGAGGACCCUGGCCUUGAAACAAAAAGCAGAAGCUAAGAGAAAUAAAUUGAUGAAAAAAGGAAAAAGACUAUAUCCUAAACGAGGUAAGAAGCGUGUAAACAUCAUGUUGGACGACGACACACCACUCCAAUCCGACAUUGAGGAUGGGGCUCAAGAUGAGGACCCCUUUACCUUACCCAUGUUUGGGAUGUCACCCGGCCCCACACCCCCAGGGACUCCCCCUAGUAAACCGGCCACCCCUGUGGACUGGGUUCCCCAUAUUGAGGGAACAGACAUUGUAGAAGAUAAAAUAAAACCGGAGAAGGCGGUCCCGGAGCCUGUUGCAGCCGACCUGGAUCCUUUUCAACAUUUAGCACCUGAAGCAUCUAUUGAGUAUAUACCCCCUCAGAAUACACUGGAUAUACUUCCAGCUGAUUCUGUUCCUGAAUUCUCAAAGAAAAACAUAGACUAUGACAUACCGAAUGUUCUGGAUUCAGAUGAUCGCACACCCGUAACUCUGAUACAAUCAGUAGACAUUCAGGAUGAACCGGACAAUGUCACUGAGUUCAAAUCUGAGUUUUUUGGUACUGAAACGGAAAAUGAUACAGAGAGAAAAGAUGAUAUUUCUGAUAAGCCCCAAGUUGGUAUUUCCUCAGAGUCAGAAUAUCAACAAGAGCCAGAGGAAAAAUCAACAGAGAUUGAAGUUAAACAUAAAACUGAUAAUGAUUUUUCUAUUAUACCUGCAUUGACAUGUAAAAGUAAAAUGUUGGUUUCUCGUAAUGAUGGUGAUGAUGAUGAUGAUUUGGCUAUGGUGCUAAAUGAAAUAAAAAAGGAGAAAGGCUCAAGUUUGUUGUCCACAAUUAGACUUCCCCAACCGGAGGAGGAUAUCAAAGGGAGACAACUGCGUGAGGAAGAAACAUUCACUCCAGUGGAGAAAACACGCCCCAGGUCUGAGCACCAGUAUGAGGAGGAAGAGGAAGAGGUCCCAAGACGCCGCAGCAAAUACAGCCUUGCCAAUGCCAGGGUUGAUGUUAAAGGCCUUAUGAGGCCACAGUCAAAACGAUUACCAAGACGAUUUCCUUCACCUUCACCUUCCAGACGGGAGUCCGACCAUUCUCAUACUACUUUAACAGAAGAAGAUUUGAAGCGACUGCAGCAGCAAGAGAAAGAGAUGAGGAAAAAGCAGAUGAAGGACAGGAAAUUUCCAAAGAAAGGUCAGAAGAUGACACGACAGGAACUGAUAGAACAGCAGAGACUACAACAGGAGAUGCAGAAGAAGAAGUAUGACGUACCUGCUGGUUACAAGCCCCGAGCCCCUGACCGACAGAAAGAAGACGGCAACGACGGCUCCUACCCAAUGGUCAUGUUCCAGCAGGAGGAUAUUGACAACUUCCAGGACAUGAUGUGGGACCCUGAGCCGGAGGGUGCCAAACAAGUUGGCCUCAUGGGUACCAAGCUCGACCUCCCACCUGCUCGUAAGCCAAUGGAACCACCCAGACCCAUCAAGCCUAUCGUAAACCGACCUGGAGCUCCUCCGGCUAAAUCAGUGGAACAGCUCCCUCCUAGUACAGAGGCAACAAUUGCUGCGGAACAAAUGACAAGGGAGGAAACUCCUGUCCAGCUUAAAACGCUAGAUCUGCCUAUGCCACAAUAUAAGCCUCCUGAGCCCAAACCUGCAUCACCUACUAAAGAUGUAGAUAAGGAACACAAUAAAGGACUUGAUCACAAACCAGCUGAGGAGGAAAAGGACAGAGAAAACUUGUCACCAGAUGUUGAGACAGCUUUGCAAAGACGAUGGGAAAAGGGCGAGGCCAUGCGCAAACCUGUGGUGCCUGCCCCUCAGGGUACCCUAAAAAAAUUAUCUGAACAACGCAAGGCAGGCUCCAAGCCAAUCAAAGUUAUCCUGCCUCGGGAAAAUGAUGCACCACAAGAUCCUCACACACUACAAGAAUCACCCAUGCCAGAGAUUACAGAGGAGGACAUUGAGAAGUAUAUGAAAGCCCUCGACUCUGACCCCGAGGAGGAAGAUGACAUAGAGAUAUACCAUGGGGCGUUCAGAAGGAUGAGCAAGACAAAGAGAUCCAUCAAGGAUGGAGGUGUUCUCAUGCUGGAGGAGAAAAAGAUCAUCCGCCCUUAUUCCUCUGUCACCAGGCGAGACACUCCUGAAGCUAAAAAGGAUCCAGACCGAGUACGGCCCAAAACUGCACAAGUACACUUUCAUGCCAAUUUGGAGCUUAUACUAGAGCUUCCGGACAACAUAGACGACCUGCAAAAUGCCUUUGAUGACGCCUUCGACCGGUACCAGGGCAUGCCAGGAACACCGGCAGCCCUUACGAAAAACAAACUGUACAGAAAUGACAGCACUAAUUUUGAGAGCAACUGGCAGGAGAGGGCUAUUGAGAGACACAUGCUGCUGCGAAUGCAGAAGGAGCUACGUUGUAAGAGCGCUGCCCAGAAGCGUCAGGCAUGGGAGUCCCAGAGGGGAGGUGCCAAGAGGAUGAUGUCGAGCCGUGAGGUUAUAUCAGAUGACCCCACACAAGACCUAGUGCAGUCUGGAUCAACAUCAGCUCGAUCAGAUACGUAUACUGUCGCUGCUAAAAGAGAGUUGGGACGUCUGUCUUCCCUUGGAAUGCACAGCCCCGGACCACCAAGGUACUCUGCCACUCCAUUAACACCUGUACCCCAGCGACCACAAACGGCAUUCGUUCCCCUACCUGUUCCACCAACAGUCGCCAACAAGUCUGAACUCAAAACAGAGAAGCCUUUCAGAUUUGUAAUGGGCAAAAAUGGGCCUCCAUCCGUAAGACCAUCACCAAGGCGAUCCAUGGUUGACUUCAACGUGGAGCCAAAAAUGAUCGACCCACGGAACCCCAGUCGAACAUACAGGCCAUCCACAAGUAGAUCCAUACCCAGCAAGUGCAGUCGUUACAUGCUUGUGUCACGGCCGAAAGAGAAGACGAAUUUCCCUCUUCCUUCACCUAUAGAAGAACAACUUCUGGCUGACAGAUUUCCUAAUUUGGGCAUGCAAGUGUAUCGCCACCACUCGGACAUAGCUCUACGUUCUAAGAAGGUGUCUUAUUGCAUAGAGUACACACCGUAUGGCAGCUGUAGAUGACCUAAAUGACCGUCGCGUGAUGUCUGUGUAUCUUUUUUAUUUAUUGUGUACCUACGAUAACUUGAUAGACGAACAUUGGUGUAGAGUCCAUGAUUCUGAAAGGCUAUACGAAAAUCCCACCCGUCUACAUUGACGUAAAGUACAAUAAGUGUUUGUCAAUAAAGUUGUUGCAGCUAAAGAUAGUGAUUUGCCGGAUGUUGCGUAAUGAGUAUAUUUGCACACGGUAGGCUAGAUAGCAUAAUGCAUUAAAUCCAAAUUAAGAGAUGUACUUUACUGAUGCGAGAAUGACGUCCAUUAUUGUGAUGUGUGUUCAUAUUGAUUUAUUGUUGUUAGUGGCUUGUUGGAUCAAUAUCAUUCGUAUGUACUAGACAUUCCUCACAUUCCUUUAGUUUGUAUUGAUUGACAUACUUACUUUUUAAAUGUUACAUGUGUAUGUCAAUUAUAUUUUGUAACAAAAAGUCAUUUUUGCUUGAAUACUGUUGUUUUUGUCGCGAACAAGUCGUCUUCCUAUGGCCUUUGAUGUUGCUAGGACGUUAAAUUGUAAUUGAAAAUUAUAGACAAACGCCAUUUCGGCGUUUUAUUCGCUAAUGGAUUUUCAAUACUGGCUAUCAAUCAUUUACAAUGCAUUAAAAACGUCUAGAAAUUGUUUCAUGGCUGUUUUAUAUAUAAUUAUAGAAGAUUUCAAAACCCCUCUAUUAGAGUAUAGUAUGUUUUUCAUGUGAAACGACAUCCAUUUUAAUAAAAAUAUUCUAGAAGUAUUACGUUCCGUCCUUUUAAGUUUUAUCAAAUAUAACUGUGAUAUUCUUUUUGAAGAUGGUUGUAAAAAUGACCUUGAGAUUUAGCUUUUUAUCAGGAUAUUUCGUGUUUCCCAUUUUGAUGACAUUAUGGUUCCGCCACAAGUAUAGUAUACAGUUUAUAAAUAUGUUUAUAAUCACCCAUGUGCUUUUUACAAUCCUUUAGUAUGCAUUUCAUUAUUUAUAUCUCCUUCCGCAUUUACAGAAAUUCUAUUUUUACAUGAUUGUAGUUCUUGAAUCAAUGUCAUCAACAUGUCUGUCUAGGAUGCUUUACACAUGUAUAUUUACUUGUCAACAUUAUACCUUGUACAUACUGUACAGACAUUGUCCUAGGAGCUGCCUUGUAUUAUUUAUGUCUCGAUUGUGUGCUGUAUGUCUGAUAAGUUAUGUGAGUGCAUCUCAAAAUGUUACUUUUUUAUUGAAGCCAUUGUGAUAUUCAUUUGUUAGAAAACAGUAUCAUUGUUUUAUAAAACAAUACUUUUGUCACCUGUGAAUGUUUGUGUGGUAAUUUUCUAUGACAUUUGUUACUAUGAGUGACACGUAUCUACCUUUGUUCUAUAUUCGUGAUAAUGCUUCCAUAAAUCGUCGUGUCAUAUACAUUAUAACCCACUCUUCCUAAUCGGUUUUUUUUUUCGAUAUAUUUUUUUUACUUUCAAAAUUAGAAUUCAGUUGCACCUCUUCUUAAAUAUCUCGGAAAUGAAGUAAAUGUAGUGUAUAUUACUUAGUUCGAAAUUACCAAAGAUUCAGUGAUAUUGCACCAAAUACAUGCAUGGACCCUGUACCAUUCAUUGAUGGUAAUGUAGGUGAAGUACAUUUAUUUGUCUAGUCAUUAAAAUCUACGCAAACCAAUCUGAAAACAUGUACAUUAAAGUAGUACGGUAAGAUUGAAUGUUAAAUUUCACGUAGACUCUCUUGUAUUGUGGCCCAUGGACAAUUAAAGCCAAUGAGGGCCAGACUCAUCAAAAUCCAGAAUAUGCAAAUAUUUAAAUUACAGAAAUAUCUUCAAUCACCAUGACAGUCACUUCGCGAAAUUCAGAGGUCCGGCUGAUGACUGGAAUUUUAUGAAUACCCUCUGGUGAAACUAGAUGUUUCCUUUUUCAGCGCUCUAGUAGAUUCAUUCCUCGAAUUAUUUUUAUCAAACUGUUACUAUUUUUAGCGGGGCCGGUAGGGGACAUGUAUUGCUUAAGUACACAUAAAGUACUAUUGUAAUGUUUUGCUUGCUUCUGUGUACAUCAUUUACAAUCUUCCCUUGUAUAUUGCCAAAUAAGCUUAGAAGUAUCCAUUUGCUGCAAAGUGCAAUCUUCCUGAUAAAAAUGUACAACAACGGAUUUGUGAAAAGUUUAUUAAAAUCCAAUUUGUUGACGUUUAAUGUUGUACAGUUUUAUCCAAUGGGUAGUAUUUCCUCCAGACGUUUAUAUACAAAGGCGGACUAUAAAGGGAAUAUGCAUGAACUCGAAAUGACGCUAAAUUCUAACUCUCAAUUUCAGAGACCAGUAAUUUUGAAAGAAAGCAUUUGUCGCCUUUCUUAUAAACAUUUCAUUUAUCAAAAGAAAUAGUGUAUUUCAUACUUGUGUAAUCGCACUUCCUAUAUCCAAAUGUGAAGGACGAAAUUAAGCAAUCAGUUACAAUGAAAUAGUGAAUACAUCUAAAAUGGAAUCAUUUUACACCAUUUACGUUCUCCUCCCUAAUUGUUUUAUCCUAUAUCUGUACUCGGAAGUUCCAGAGGUGUAGAGUAGUUGUAAGGCCUGUCUUUUACCAAAACCAUGAAGUGUGCCUUUGUUUGGAUUUUCUUUACCCAUGUGGAGUUUGUUUUGUUGUGUAAUGUUCUUAUUGAGUGUUGAUGAUGAAUGCCUUGAAAAUACUCCUUCCAUCAACAAUCUAUAUUUAUCUGAUUUCUGUAGGAUCAAUCAUUCAAUGCGAAAAGGUAAAGAAGUCCAAGAACGUGAACGAAAAUUUGGCAAAUAUCAGUAUUAUUUAAUCCUUUUUUGUGUGUGAAACUACACCAUGCAUGACGUCGAUUGUAAGUAAAAUCGGAUGUUGUUCCUCUUUAAAAUAUGUAACUAAAUAAUGGUACUCAUUUUAAAAACAAAGUUGUUAUACUGCGGAUAAAAGGGUAAUCAGUUCAUUACAGAUACCAAUGAAUAUCAAUAUUGAAAAUAUAUAUAUUGAUAUCAAACACGAGGAAAAUACUUCACUUGCAUCAACACUUUAGCCAAUAAUAGGCGUAAUUUAGAUUUAGUUUCUCUAUAGAAAACAUGACUGUCUUGCCACUUAUAUUAAGCGUUAUAUCAAACAGGAUCUCGCAUAUUCUGAGUAGGUUAGCACUGUUAUAUUUUACUAUGAAUACAUUUGUGACUUUUUAAUGACCCGGAAGAUUAUGAUAGGUUAAAUUUAUGAAACUUUACGAUGAGUGCCAGACCUUUGCUAUACUCAGAUAAUCUUUGAGGGGCGUCUUUAAUCUUUCUUUUUUUUCUUUUUUUUUUUUGUUAGGUGCCGUAUAUGAAAAAGUGAAAUGUUUACAUAAAUCCAAUGAAAAAUGAAAUUGAAACAUUCAAACGGUUUUGUUAGGUAAAUGAUAACCUCAAUUUGAGGUUUCGCCUAUAACGAUGCAAUCCGCUGAUUUGGAAAAUCUCAUCAAUUUGAAACCCAAAACUCAGAUUGUUUCUUGGAUCCAACACUCGAGAAAUUUUUAAAUUUUAGAUUGUUUAAUUUUGGGACUUUGGGUUGAAAACUGAUAGCACGCAGUUGGUUAAUGAAGACUGUACAUUUUAUAGAAUUGUUGAUCCAUAUAUUAUACGUCAUAGCUUUGAUCAGAUGGAAGUAAGUGUUUUAUUUAUGGAAAGUUAAUCAGGUAGAAGGUGCUUUGUCUUAGAAAUGAAUUUCUUACCAGAAUAAAAAUGUGAAACUAA